CGGAGCCUUCCGUAGAGAGAGGGAGCAAGAUGGCGGCCGCAGUACUGGAACAAUUGGGUGCGUUAUGGAUGCAGAAUCUGAGGAGCCAGGGGAAGUUGGCGUUGGGGCUUCUUUCACCUCAUAAUGUUUUGCUCCAAUCACAUAUUCACACAAGUGCUUCUCUUGACAUCUCUCGAAAGUGGGAGAAGAAGAAUAAAAUCAUUUAUCCCCCACAACUGCCUGGAGAACCUCGGAGACCAGCAGAAAUCUACCACUGUCGAAGACAAAUAAAAUACAGCAAAGACAAGAUGUGGUAUUUGGCAAAAUUGAUACGAGGAAUGUCUAUUGACCAGGCUUUGGCUCAACUGGAAUUCAGUGACAAAAAAGGGGCCCAAAUAAUUAAAGAGGUUCUCUUAGAAGCACAAGACAUGGCGGUGAGAGACCAUAAUGUGGAAUUCAGAUCCAAUUUAUAUAUAGCUGAGUCCACCUCAGGGCGAGGCCAGUGUCUGAAACGCAUUCGCUACCAUGGCAGAGGUCGCUUUGGGAUCAUGGAGAAGGUUUAUUGCCAUUAUUUUGUGAAGCUGGUGGAAGGACCCCCACCUCCACCUGAGGCACCAAAGACGGCGGUAACUCUCGCCAAAGAAUACAUUCAGGAGCUUCGCAACCGGACCAUCAUUCACACUCUAUGAUGGAGGAAUUCCGAUUCCAAAGUGCUUUGCCCAUCUCUUUUGAGCCUCAGGGACUAUCUGUGUGCAUUUACAACUUGGAAGAGGAAGUCGGCUUUAAACGUAGUAACAGAGACUAUAACUCAGAAAGCUUUCUUGGGUACCUUUUGAAGGUAAUGUUAACUUUAUAACUGUUGUCCUGCAGGUGGUAGUUUUGAU